UAAAACCGGUUAAUCGUUUUUUUGCUACAGGUGUUCGGUUAAAACCGAUUAUGAAAGUAAGCGUUUUUUUGCGAUCCCUAGUUGCUUACAAAACUCGAAAGCCAACAAGGAUUUUUUUUCACAAAAUGUUAUACACCCAGAGAUGCAGCUAUCAAGACAAGUUAUGUAAUUUCUCACAAAGUCGGUGAGGUUUUCUCAUGGAGACUUUCUCAAGGAGUGGUUAUUGGACUGUUGCGCUGAUAUGCCUUGAGAAAAUGGGAGCAUUUGAGUACAUGCCACUCGCCCGAUGGCUAUCACAAGGCGAGUUGACAACAUCGCUGGAAACCUGGAGCUUCAGAUGAGGAACAGAGUGGCCGACUUUGACUAUUUCUCUCUGGUGUUGGAUGAAAGCUGCGAUGUACGUGACACUGCCCAGCUGCUCAUCUUCUUACGUGGGAUAACUGAAGACUUUCAAAUCACAGAGGAGUUAGCAGCCAUGCAAUCAAUGAACGGGACCAAAGAGCAAGUUGGAACGAAAAUGGGAGCUGGAUGGAGUGAUGAUGGGAUGGAUAUGAAUAUGGGCCAGUGGGCAGGCAUGCGUGCCCCUCUGCUUGGCCUCAUCUUGCUUCUGCUGUUGUUUCUCCUCAAACCACCACCCUGCUGCAGCCAGAACACCCAAGGGGCCCCUCAGAAUGGACCUUAUUUUGGUUUCACUCAGCCAGUGUACCAUGCCACAGUCCAUGAAAAUUCUGCUGCUCGCACCUAUGCCAACAGUAAAAUUAAAAUGGGCAUCCACCUGGCACAGCGCUCCUGGGACAUUCGCUACAGAAUCACAUUAGGAGAUGAUGAAGGUUUUUUCAAGGCUGAGGAAUAUGUUCUGGGUGACUUCUGCUUCUUGCGCAUAAGAACUAAAGGCGGAAAUGCUGCCAUCUUAAACAGAGAAAUUCAGGACAACUAUGUUUUAACAGUCAAAGGCUCGAUUAAGGGAGAGACACAAGUGGAGGCCUGGGCUAAAGUCAGCAUCCAAGUCUUAGAUAUGAAUGACCUAAGACCACUGUUCUCCCCCACCACUUAUUCUGUGACCAUAGCAGAAAGUACCCCUCUCAGGACAAGCAUAGCACAAGUUACAGCAACCGAUGCAGAUAUUGGCUCCAAUGGGGAGUUUUACUACUUUUUCAAAGAAAAAAGGGAGCUAUUUUCAGUUCAUCCAACUAGUGGUGUUGUUUCCCUUAGUGGAAAGCUCAAUGUUGAGGAACAAAACCGGUAUGACUUAGAAAUACUGGCAGUGGACCGAGGUAUGAAACUCUAUGGAAAUAAUGGAGUCAGUAGCACAGCCAAACUCUUUGUCCAUGUUGAGCGUGUAAAUGAGCAUGCGCCACUAAUAAACGUAGUUACCCAGAAACCUUCUUGGCUUGAUAAAAAUUCAGUAUAUGCCAUAGUUACGGUUGAAGACCCAGAUGAAGGUUUAAAUGGUGAUGUAGACUCUGUUGUCAUUGUUGGUGGAAACCUGUCUGACCAAUUUUUCAUCGAAAGAUUUAAUGAAGUUGAAUUUGCAAUUAGGGCUUCUGAGACAGUUCAUUGGGAGACUUACCCACAUGGCUGUAACCUCACAUUGCAAGCUAAAGACAAAGGAAAUCCACCCAAAUUCUCAGCAGUCAAAGUUGUUCAUCUUGCAGUUGCCAAACAACAAAAAGUGGAUGUCAAGUUUGAGCAUGAGUUUUAUGACGUUAAUUUGAGUGAAAUGGCACCGCCAGGUACAAUUGUACUGGCAGUGAAAAUUAAACCAGAGCCAGAUGAUGCAGAAUAUGUCAUGACACCCUCUGCAGAUUCCGGCUUUUUUCAAAUAAAUACUUUAACUGGUGCCAUCUCCACCACUCGCUGGUUUAGCCAGGUGACUCAGUAUGUCUUUAGCCUGGAGGUUCUAGAAAUAGAUAGUGAUCUCAAAGUUCAAGUGCAAAUUUCUAUUGACGAUGCCAAUGACAACACGCCAACAUUUACUCAGUCCUCUUACAAGGUUAUUGUGAAUGAAAGUGUUCCAGUUGGGACCUCUGUAUUAACUGUUUCUGCAGUAGAUGUGGAUAAAGGAGAAAAUGGAUACAUAACUUAUAGUAUCUCCAGUCUUCUGAACUUGCCAUUCAAAAUUAAUCAGUUUUCUGGUGUUAUCAGCACCACGAAAGCUUUGGACUUUGAAACUUUUUCAGAGAGCUUUAUGUUUGUCGUCAGAGCAUCUGACUGGGGAUCACCUUAUAGGCGAGAAAGUGAAAUAAAUGUUACUAUUCACUUGGAGAAUAUAAAUGACAACCAGCCCUUGUUUGAGAAAAUAGCAUGUCAGGGUAUGAUUUCCAGAGAGUUCCCAAUGGAUGAAGUGAUUACCACAAUGUCUGCAAUCGAUAUAGAUGAGUUAGAGCUGGUAAAAUACAAAAUAAUUUCAGGAAAUGAGUGGGGGUACUUUGACCUAAACCCUGAUUCAGGGGUCCUUGCACUGAGAAGGCCCUUGGCAACAGCCAAUCCAAAGAAUGGUGUCUUCAGUCUGAAAAUAACUGCCACGGAUGGUGAGAAUUUUUCUGAUCCUAUGUUUGUGAAUAUUUCACUUAUUAAUGGGAAAUCUCCCCCCAAAGGUUUGAACUGCAAAGAAACAAGGGUAGCUCAAAAAUUAGCUGAAAAAUUACUCAAAAAGUCAAAGGCGAGCAACAAGCCAAAAAUAGAAGAUUUUAUUGACCUUUUUUCUGUCAAUCGCCAAAUGCCACAGUUUGAGAGCUCUUUCCCUGCCGAUAUUUCUGUAGUAGAAGAUCUAAAGGUGGGCUCAAGUGUUUUUCAGAUUAAUGCAUAUGAUGGGGACACUGGUUUCAACGGCCAGCUUCUUUACUCUAUUUCAGACGGAAAUACUGAUAGCUGUUUUACGAUUGACAUGGACACAGGUCUUGUUAGUGUUUUUCUUCCCAUGGAUAGAGAAAAAAGAGAUCGUUAUAUCCUCAACAUAACUAUCUAUGACCUUGGCCUGCCACAGAAAGCUGCUUGGCACUUGCUUACUGUCUACGUUUUGGAUGCUAAUGAUAAUGCACCCGAGUUUUUGCAAGAAGGUGGUUAUACAGUCGUCAUAUCUGAAAACACAGUCAUAGGGACAAAUGUCAUUCAAGUGGAAGCCACUGAUAAAGAUCAUGGACUUAAUGGAGAACUUUUGUACUCUUUUUUGACUAGCACCACACAAUUUGGAAUCAACUCGACAAAUGGCAUAGUAUACAUUGCUGGACAACUUGACAGGGAGUUUGGCUCUUCUUUUUAUUUGAAGAUUGAGGCUCGAGAUAAAGCAGAUAAAGGGAGACAGAGGUUUACUAUAACCUCAUUAAAAGUCAUAUUGGAAGAUGUAAAUGACUGUCCCCCACUAUUUAUCCCAAGCGUGUACAAAGCCAGGGUUCUAGAGGAUCUCCCAGUUGGAACAGUUGUGGCCUGGUUAGAAACCCAAGACUUAGACCUGGGUUUGGGUGGCCAGGUCCGCUACUCUUUAGCCAAUGAUUACAAUGGAUGGUUUGAUAUAGACAAAACAAGUGGAGCCAUUCGUCUGACCAAAGAACUGGACUAUGAGACACAACAGUUCUACAACCUUACUGUUCGGGCCAAAGACAAAGGAAAACCAGUAUCUCUUCUCUCUGUCACCUUUGUGGAAGUAGAGGUCUUGGAUGUAAAUGAGAACCUCUAUGCACCGUACUUUGCCCCAUUUGCCCUGUCAGGAUUAAUUAAAGAAAAUGCACGUAUUGGAACUACCCUCCUACAAGUCAGUGCUAAUGAUGAAGAUGAUGGCAGGGAUGGAGAAAUCCAGUAUUCCAUUCGUGAUGGGAGUGGCCUUGGACGGUUUGCCAUUGAUGAAGAAACAGGGGUGAUCUAUACUACAGACAUGCUAGAUCGUGAGACCAAGGAUUCAUAUUGGCUCACAGUGUAUGCCAGUGACCAUGGUGUGGUCCCCCAGUUUGCCAUAAUUGAAGUAUUUAUCCAAGUGGAGGAUGUAAAUGACAAUGCCCCACUGACAUCUGAGCCACUGUACCGACCAUCAAUACCAGAGAAUUCUCCUCGGGACAUUUCUGUGGUCCAGAUCCAAGCUCAGGAUCCUGAUGCUACACCACACACAUUAAGUGACAGGCUCAACUACCGCAUCAUCAGCGGGAACCCUCAAAAUUUCUUCGCCAUCAACUCUCGAACUGGUCUGAUCACAACAACCUCAAGAAAACUCGACCGGGAACAACAAACAGAGCACGUUUUAGAGGUAUUAGUAUCAGAUGGUGGACCCACUCCAAGGCAGAGUACCGUGUGGGUGAUGGUCCAGGUUCUAGAUGAAAAUGACAACAAACCGACAUUUCCAGAGAAGAUCUACCAGGUCAAACUACCAGAAAGGGAGCGUAGAAAGAAGGGGGAGCCUAUCUAUCGCGUCUUUGCCUAUGACCGCGAUGAUGGACCCAACAGUGACCUUUCUUAUAGUAUUGUGGAUGGCAAUGAGGAUGGGAAGUUCUUCAUUGAUCCCAAGACGGCAAUGGUGUCAUCUCGCAAGGCCUUCGCUCCUGGGAGCUACAAUAUCCUGACAAUCAAGGCAACAGACAAUGGUCGCCCUCAAAAGUCUUCUACGGCCCGCCUCCACAUUGAGUGGAUUCGGCGUCCUGCUCCGACAGCCCUGCCACCUCUGUUUGAUGAGCCUUUCUACAAUUUUACUGUUAUGGAGAACGACAAAGUCACAGAGAUUGUUGGCGUAGUCUCCAUGCAGCGGAGUUCGGCUCCUUUAUGGUUUGACAUCACAGGUGGUAACACAGACAGUGUAUUUGAUGUUGAGAAGGCAUUGGGCACCAUCAUCAUUGCCAAGCCUUUGGAUGCUGAGCAACGUUCCUUCUACAACCUUACUGUGCAGGCUACAGAUGGCAUAAAUAUUGCAUACACACAGGUUCACAUCACUGUCACUGACAACAAUGACAAUGCUCCCAUCUUCUCCCAGCCGUUCUAUGAUGUCACAAUUUUCGAGGACACACCUCCUGACACUGAGGUUGUUCAGGUGCUAGCAUUGGACAGAGAUGAGUAUCAUCGGCUAAGUUACUCCUUGCAGAGUACAAUAGAUCCAAACAGUAUGCGUCUGUUCCGCAUCCACCCUACCAUGGGCUCAAUCUACACAACACAGAGUUUGGACCAUGAGGCUUGUGCACAGCACAUCCUUACUGUUAUGGUAAAAGACCAAGAAUUCCCAUACCGGAAGAACUUGGCUCGUGUGCUGGUCAAAGUGGAAGAUGUAAAUGACCAUGUACCGAUAUUCACUAGUGCAUUGUAUGAGGGUUCAGUCUUUGAGUCAGCAGCAGUGGGAUCAGCUGUUGUACAGGUGACUGCCUUGGACAAAGACAAAGGGAAGAAUGGAGAGCUUCACUACUCUAUUGAAUCAGGGAACAUUGGAAAUUCAUUUCAUAUUGAGCCAGUUUUGGGAAUCAUCACUGUUGCACAUGACCUUGACUUGUCAAGUAUAAGUCACUACAUACUAACUAUCAGAGUCACAGACAAUGGGUCCCCCUCUUUGUCCACCACCACUAUAGUUCGUAUUGCAAUCACCCUCUCGAACAAUAUAGGCCCAAAGUUCCCUCAACCUGAGUACCAAGCUGACAUCACAGAAAAUGCAGUGGUUGGGACCUCUGUCACCACAGUCAGUGCAGUCAGUCAGUCUACCCUCACAUAUGAUAUCAAACAAGGCAAUGCAGAUCGAGUCUUUCAGAUAAAUCAGUAUAGUGGUGUUAUUACAACUCAAAAGUCUCUAGAUUAUGAGAAUCGAGCAUCUUUUACUCUCACAAUACAGGCUACAAACAUGGCUGGAUUGGCCUCCAAUGCAACUCUUUUAAUACAAGUUCUGGAUGAAAAUGAUAACCCACCAGUUUUCAAGCAACUUCACUAUAAUGGCAGGAUCAGUGAAGCUGCACCAGUCAACAGUCUAGUUUUAAACACAGAAAAUUCCCCACUUGUAAUCACGGCCACUGAUGCGGAUCACAACCAGAAUGCUCUGCUCAUAUAUCAGAUUGUCGAGGACACAGCAAAAUUGUUUUUCACAGUUGACUCAGGUACUGGCUCUAUCAGGACCAUUGCAAAUCUAGACCACGAGACAUCUUCGAUCUUCCACUUCCAUGUUCAAGUCAGGGAUAAUGGCAAAACGCAGUUGACAGCAGACAGCCCAACCGAGGUCACGGUACAAGUAAUAGACACAAAUGAUUCACCGCCUUGUUUCACCCAGAAUGCCUAUGAAACAGUUGUUCUUCUCCCCACCUAUGUUGGAGUGGAAGCACUGCAGGUGUCAGCCACAGACCCAGACAAACAGACGACAGGACUCACCUACUCUUUCACAGAUGGCACCCUGGAACAUUUUUCAAUCAAACCUUCGAAUGGUAUAAUAACUGUGAAAAACAAUAACUUUUCCAAAGAACGUUUCCGCUUUAGUGUCAGAGUCUCAGAUGGGCAAUUUUCCACCACAGCUAUUGUAACCAUACUUGUACGAGAAGCUCUGGAUUCUGGUCUAAGCUUCACCAAUAAUCUUUACACUUCCUCAAUUCAAGAGAAUGUACCGAAUAUCACCAAGGUGGGUGUUGUCAAUGCUGUGGGAAACCGUCUUAAUGAACCACUGAAAUACACAUUGCUGAACCCUGGUAACUGCUUUAAAAUCCGUCCAACUUCAGGGGUGAUUCAAACAACAGGUUUACCCUUUGACCGUGAAGAACAAGAAUUCUAUGAACUGGUUGUUGAGGCAAAAAGGGAGCAUGACCGCUUUCAUGUAGCCAGAGUUAUGAUGAAAGUCCAGGUAGAGGAUAUCAAUGACAAUGCCCCCAUCUUUGUUGGUCUUCCUUAUUAUGCAGCUGUUCAAGUAGAAGCAGAGCCAGGAUCACACAUUUUCAAGGUCAUGGCAGUUGAUGGAGAUAAAGGAAUUAAUGGAGAGGUGUCUUACUAUCUCAAGGAUGAUUAUGGUCAUUUUGAAAUCAAUCGACAGACAGGAAGUGUUAAGCUCAAGAGGGCCUUUGAGUCUGACUUGUCUAAUAUGGAAUACCUCAUGGUGAUAUAUGCCAGAGAUGGUGGUUAUCCGCCACUCUCCUCGACAAUUGAAUUUCCUAUUACAGUUGUCAACAAAGCCAUGCCUGUCUUUGACAAAUCUUUUUAUUUGGUUUCUGUUAAUGAGGAUGUCCCAGUGCACACACCUAUCCUUGGUAUAAACGCAACUAGCCCUGAAGGUCAAAGAAUCUUUUACACAAUUGUUGAUGGAGAUCCUGCUCUUCAGUUUGACAUUGGUUUUGACACUGGAGUCAUAAGUGUCAUCCAUUUGUUGGACUAUGAAAUAGUAUCAUAUUAUCAUCUGACUAUUAGAGCAACAGACUAUUUAACUGGUGCCCGUGCUGAGGUUGAUGUGAAUGUGGCAGUUCAAGAUGUUAAUGACAAUGCCCCCAUCUUCCAGAAAAUGUCCUACUCUGUAGUUUUAUCAGAAACAGCCGUGAUUGGGACUCCUGCUCUUCAGAUAAUUGCCACUGACAAAGACUCUGAGAAGAAUAAUAUUGUUCUAUACCAAAUCUUAUCAAAUUCACACAACAACACAGACUAUUUUCACAUUGACAGUAGCAGUGGAUUGAUUCUGACUGCUCGUAUUCUGGACUAUGAACAAGUUCAGAAGUAUGACUUCAUCGUUAGAGCUACUGAUAAUGGCUUUCCACCUUUAAGUAGUUAUGUGUCUGUCACACUUCUGGUAAAUGACACAAAUGACAAUGCUCCAGUUUUUAACCAGCUUCUUUAUGAAGCACAUGUGAAUGAACUUGCACCAAAGGGGCAAUUUGUAACAUGCAUCCAAGGCUCAGAUGAAGACAACUCUGAUUUCGGCAAGCUGGAGUAUAGUAUUUUGUCUGGAAAUGAAAGGAUGAACUUUUUCAUGGAAAAAAAGACGGGAAUUAUCACUUUGUCCAGCCAUAAUAAAAACAGGAUGGAACCUGUUUACAGCCUGAAUGUUUCAGUGUCAGAUGGUGUCUUCACCAACACUGCACAAGUUCAUGUUAAAGUGCUAGGAGCCAACCUGUACAGUCCAAUCUUUGGACAGAAUGUAUAUGAAGCAGAGCUGAGAGAAAAUGCUGCUGCAGGAACCAAAGUUAUACAGGUAAAAGCAGCAGAUGCAGACCCAGGUGUUUUUGGUUGUAUUGCUUAUUCCUUUGUCAAUGAUGUUGGCAAAAACCAAUUCAGCAUUGAUGCAAGUGGCCAAAUCACCACAGUGGAAAGUCUUGAUCGUGAGGACUCUGCAAAUGAAGACAUAGUAUUGACUGUGCUUGCCCAAGACUCAGGUGGACGGGCUUCUUACUGUACAGUGCAAAUUACACUUUUGGAUGACAAUGAUAAUGCACCCCAUUUCAGUGCCAUUGAAUACAGAGCUUCUGUCAAAUCCGAUGUGGCUCAUGGUUUUUUAGUGACACAGAUUCAAGCCAGUGAUCCUGAUGAUGGUGCCAAUGCCAGGGUUACAUAUUCACUCUAUAGUGAAGCACACACCCCUGUGGGAGACAUUUUGGAGAUUGAUUCAGAAAAUGGCUGGGUGGUGACAAGAGGAAGCUUCAGCCAUUUGAGGAACUCUGUGUUAUCUUUUUUUGUAAAAGCAGUGGAUUGUGGCAAUCCUGUCCGCCACUCCCUAGUCUCAGUCUACAUUCAUGUUCUUUCUCCAGAUUCCAUCAUUCUCUCAUUUAGUCAACAUCCAUACCUAUUUAGCGUACCAGAGGACAUGCUAAUUGGCCAUGGUAUUGGUAUGGUCCGCCUUAACAAUCCUCCAGGAUAUGGAACCCUGACAGCUACAUUUUCCCUGAUUAAUGGCGAAAAUAGAGAAAACAACAAAGAUGAGGUGUUUGUGAUUGAAAAAGAUACAGGUAUCAUCAAGAUUGAGAAGCUUUUGGACCAUGAGUUUAUCAAAGGAUACCACUUCAAAGUUAUGGCCACUGUGCAACAGGCCAAGCUGGAUUCUGUAACUUUUGUUGAUGUCGAUGUUAAAGUACUAGACCUAAAUGACAAUAAACCCUCCUUUGAUUCCAUCUCCUAUGAAGCCACUGUUUUGGAAGGAAUGCCAAUUGGAACCAGAAUUAUUCAAGUCCAAGCACACGACGCAGACUCAGCUGCCAAUGGACAAGUAACAUACAGUCUUGGGUCCUUCAUCCAUUCAGAGCGUGAUUCCAAUGCAUUAAUCGAAAUGUUCAGUAUUGACUCCAAUGCAGGCUGGAUUUCCACCCGCAAGAACCUGGACCAUGAGACCAAUCCAUCAUACACAUUCACAGUGAUUGCGUCAGAUCUGGGGGAAGCAUUAUCUCUUUCCAGUACCACCACUGUCACAGUGGCAGUAUCAGACAUCAAUGACAAUCCACCAAUGUUCCUGGAGCAACGAUAUAUUGGUGUAGUUAAUGAAAGUGUUUCUCCAGGAGAAGUGGUUGCUGUGCUGAACACAAGAGAUGAUGACAGUUCUGCCAUUAACCGACAAGUCAGCUAUCACAUAACUGGUGGGAACUAUCGUGGUGUGUUUGCGCUGGGUCUAGUUCAGGGUGAAUGGAAAAUGUAUGUGAAGGGGCUGCUGGACAGGGAGCAAUGCAACCUCUACAUAAUUAAUGUCACUGCAAGUGAUGGACUAUUUGUUUCCCAAGCAACCGUGGAGGUCACAGUGACAGAUGCCAAUGAUAACAAACCCAUCUGUGACCAGGCACUCUAUACUGCAGCUAUUCCAGAGAAUAUCCCAGUGAAUAGUGUGCUGCUCAAAGUCGGUGCUACUGAUAAAGAUGUGGGCAUCAGCGCUUGGAUCCAGUACUCUUUGCAUGGCCUAGGAUCCCAUGACUUCAUUAUAGACCCAGACAGUGGUGAGAUCAAGUCAUCUGUAGCUCUGGACCGAGAGGUGACACCCAACUACCGGCUGGUUGCCUUAGCAACUGAUGGUGGUGGGCGGUGGUGCCGUGCUGAGGUGUGGGUGGAAGUGACAGAUGUGAAUGACAACCCACCAAUCUUUAGCCUGCCACACUAUACAGCUAGUGUAUAUGAAGACACUGCCACAAAAGCCCUUCUCACUCGUAUCCAAGCCAUAGAUCCUGAUGAAGCUGGUCCAGGACGUGUGGUCGUCUACUCUUUAACAAAUUCUGCUGCUGGGUCAUUCUCCAUUGACAAGUCAACAGGGAUCGUGGUGCUUGAACGCAUCCUUGACAGAGAGUUUCAGCCAUUUUAUCAGAUAACUGUCCGUGCAUCAGAUCAGGGUUUCCCUGUACCCCUCUCUUCAUUGGCCAAUGUUACAAUCACUGUACUGGAUAUAAAUGACAACCCACCAGUGUUUGAGCAUCGAGAUCAGUUGGUGACCAUCCCAGAGGAUGUGGCAGUGGGCACCAAGAUUCUCACAGUGUAUGCUGCUAGUAAGGAUAUUGGGACCAACGCUGAGAUUAGCUACAGUAUACGAUCAGGAAAUGAACAUGGAAAAUUCACAAUCCAUUCCGUUUCUGGUGCCAUUAUAGUUGCCCGGUCACUGGACUAUGAAACAUGCAAGGACUUCUUCUUAACUUUGGAGGCACAAGAUGGGGGUACGCCUCCACUGUGUGCCAUUACUACAGUGAAUAUCAAUGUGACAGAUGUCAACGACAACGCCCCCAUGUUCAGCCGUGACCUCUAUACCACUGUUGUGUCAGAGGAUGCCACCAUCGGAGAGUCUGUUGUACAGCUGGUUGCGGAGGAUAUGGACAGUCAGCUGAAUGGGGCCAUCCUCUACUCCAUUGUGAACGGGGACCGAGACAACCAGUUCUUCGUUGACCCACUCAGCGGGAUCGUCAAGGUCAACAAGCAUCUGGAUCGUGAGACAGUUCCUGGCUACUCACUGGCCGUCAGAGCUCUGGAUAGUGGAAUCCCACCUCUGUCCUCCACUGUUAUGGUCAACAUUGACAUCUCUGACAUCAAUGACAACCCGCCUACCUUCUCACCUGUCAACCUCACCACUGUUAUCCAGGAAAACAAGCCAAUUGGCACCAGCAUCAUUCAGCUGUCCGUUAUCGACCUGGACUCAUCCCAUAAUGGGCCGCCAUUUGACUUCCACAUCUUAUCUGGAAAUGAGGGUGGAGAAUUUGAGCUGGAGCAAGACGGAACACUUGUGGCUAAUCAGGUGUUCAGGAGGGACCUCGCAACUAAAUAUGUUGUUCAUAUUCAGGUGACUGACGCUGGCAGGCCUCGCUUGUCCUCUUCCUCCAUGCUGACAGUCAGGGUGAUCGAAGAGAGUCUGCACAGACCUGUAGCCCUGCCACUUGAGGUUCAUAUUGUCACCAUGGAGGACGAAUUUCCCGGCGGUGUCAUUGGAAAGUUGCACGCCACAGAUGCUGACCCCUACGAUGCAUUGACCUUUGGCCACGCCCCACCAGCCCAUCGUAGUCUCUUCAAGAUUAGCCCUCAUGACGGAAAGAUCAUUGCGCUGGGAGGUUUGGAUGCUGGGAGAUACUCCCUUAAUGCCAGUGUGAGCGAUGGCCGCUUUGCUGUCCCCGUGCCCGUCAGUGUUCAUGUUGAGCAAGCCACCCUUGAGAUGCUGCGUGAGGCUGUCACCGUGCGCUUUGAGAGCAUAGCGCCCCAAGAAUUUGUUGCCUCGCACCUGAAGAGCGUGCUGAAGGUGUUGCAGCAAGCGGCCACCUCUCACAAACAUGAUGCUCUACACCUGCUCAGUCUUCAGCCAGUUGGUGGGAAUAAACAGCUGGAUAUGCUUGUUGCUGUGGAAACAGCUGAGGGCGGCUACUACAAGGCAGCUUACGUCACUCAGAAACUUAGUGCUUCCAGGCGGCGGCUAGAGGAGGUCCUUAGAGUGUCGGCCAUCUUGGAUAAGAACUGCUCAGGUCUGGAUUGUCGUGGGGGGCAGUGUGAACAAAACAUCAUCUUGGAUUCACACAACCUGGCAACGUAUAGCACACCGCGAGUCAGUUUUGUCUCACCGCGCUUCCAUCGGACGUCACGCUGCAUAUGUACUGACGUCAACUGUGCUGUAUUGUCAGAACAAUGUGAAGACCACCCUUGUCCAGCAGACAUGCAGUGUGUCUCAGUGGAUCUCAACAUCGGGCGUUAUGCAUGUCAAUGUCCACCGGGCAAACUAGGAGAGUGUGCAGGCCAUUCAUCAUUGAGUUUCUCAGGUAACAGCUACAUAAAAUACCAGCUUUCUGAGCGGCUCCAAACAGAGAUGAAGCUCAGUCUGAGGAUCAGAACAUUGCAGACUCGAGGAAUCAUCAUGUACACUCAUGCUGAACCAUGCCCUAUGCUGAAGCUGGAUGAGGGAAAGCUGUGGUUCCAGCUCAGCUGUGCGCCUGGCAUCGGAAAUGGUGACAGUACCGACAUGUUAGGGAUCUCUGGGCGCCGGAUCAACGAUGGCAGCUGGCACACGGUGGCAAUAGAGCUUAACCGCGACUUCAGCAGUCUCUCGCUGGACGACAGCUACGUUGAAAGGCGUCAUGGACAAGCCUACGUGAAACCCUUUGCUUCAGACAGAACCAUCUACUUUGGAGCAGUGGUGCAGGAUUCUACUUCACGCAGCCUCACCGACUCCCAAAAAGACCCAGAAGUGCUUGAGGGCUUCCAAGGUUGCUUGGACUCGGUCAUGCUGAACAACAACGAGCUGCCUCUGCAGAACAAACGUUCACACUAUGCUGAGGUGGUGGGACUGACAGAGCUGAAGUUAGGUUGCAUCCUCUACCCUGACGCCUGUUUGCACCAGCCAUGUCACAAUGGAGGAGACUGCAUCAGCCUGACCGCUGGUGGAUUCUCAUGCAGCUGUGACCAGAUGUACACUGGAAGGCGCUGUGAGAUAGAGAUAACAGCGUGUGUACCAAAUCCAUGUCAAAACGGUGGCAUGUGUAAGGCUAUCGGUAACGCAUUCCUCUGCAGCUGCAGAAGAGGCUUAAUUGGUCUCACCUGUGAGAAGGACGUGAACGAAUGUGACCGAAGCAAUCCUGAGGGCGAGUGUGAGAACGGCGGUAUCUGUAUCAACACUCAUGGCUCCUUCUAUUGCAACUGCACUGCAGGCUUUGUGGGCCAGCGUUGCAGCCUGCGGCCUGUUGUCGUCCCUGACAUGCAAGCCGGGCAUGCAGUGGUCGGAAGGGAAGAGUUGAUUGGCGUUGCCGUUGUGCUCUUUGUUAUUACCACCCUCAUCAUUCUCUUCAUCGCAUUUCGCAAGAAGGUAUUCCAGAAGAGCUACUCGCGAAACAACCUGUCACUGGUCCAGGACCCUGCUACAGCAGCACUCCUCAACAAAGCCAAUGGUGUUCAGUUCAAGACCCUGCAUUGCACACCAGGAGACCCUAUCAACCUUUACUCAGAGACCGGGCUGGGGCCCACUGUGGUGGGAGUGGGUGGGAUGUUGGGACCUCCACAGGUCCCUGUCAGGCCUAUGGCAUACACUCCUUGUUUCCAGGCUGAUCCACGCUCAACACUGGAAAAGAUGGUGGAUGGACGCGCUGUGGAGCAUACGGAGAUGAGCACCUUUCACCCAGAAUCACCAAGGAUUCUGUCAGGAUCGACCAGGCGGGGGGUUGUGGUGUGCAGCGUCGCCCCAAACCUUCCCCCAGUUUCCCCUUGUCGAUCAGAUUGUGACUCCAUACAAAAGAGCCCGUGGGACAGUGACGAGGGUAAGAUGCUUGAUAUGGCAGAGGAAGUCACUUGUCUUUCAGGUAGUAACAAGGAGAGUAAUUCCGAGGUCCAGUCGCUGAACUCUUUUCAGUCCGACUCCUGUGAUGACAAUGCAUAUCAUUGGGACACAUCAGACUGGAUGCCAAGCACCAAACUGUCUGAUAUUGAAGAGGUACCAAGCUACGAGGCACCUACAGGAGGCACUGCGGCGGCCACAGCAGCACGAAUUGGAGGAAGCACUCGUGAAUUAGAAUCCGACUACUAUCUGGGAGGUUACGACGUUGACAGUGACUACCCUCCUCCGCAUGAGGAAGAAUUCUUUAACCAAGACCAAUUGCCUCCUCCACUGCCAGUUGGAGAGGACAAUGCAGAGCUCCAUGCCCUACUACCUGCCCACUUGCCGGUUUCCAAGGAGAACACCUUAAAUUCUGGUGACACUGGCCAUCACCAUGGCAGGCCUCAUUUCCACCCCAGUCAAUACCUUCCUCCCCAUCAGCUUCCAGUGGGGAAGGCAUUGCACGGGGACUUCAGUACUACGGUGUGCGGGGCUACCUCAAAAACUGGGGACACCGAUGACUCUUUGUCUCUAAAUAUACGACUGUCGAUUGCCGCAUCAUCAGCAUCGGACGUGUCUGGCCCAUGUGGCCUGAAUGACUCUGAACACGGCAGCAAUUUUGACAGUCUGGACGAGCUGCGUCGAGGAGUAACCAUCAUUACUGAUUCCCAGCAACAAACAGAGGUGUGACUAAUUGUACACUGAUGUCUCACUGGAAGGCCACGGUGGGACAGAGAAAAUGCUCUUCAGACAUUAUAUUGAAAAUUUGGAAGAAGAUCCAUUGGAUGACUAAAAAAUAUAAAAAUGAUGAUACAAGUGAGGGAAGCAUUAUCCAUUUUAUUGUAACACUCCCAUUAAAAUUGUCAGUCCUGCUCUUGAGAAAAAUAAUAAGUGUCCUUUCUGUUUCAAGAGGAAGUCAUAUGUAAUUUCAGAAGAAUCGGAUAGAGAAUGUGAAUGGGAAAGACUAACCCACAACUGAUUAAUACUUACGCAUUAUGGAGAAAUGUAGACAAACAGAAGGGACACUAAUGUAAGUAAAAUGAUUGUUUGAUUUCCUGCUGACUCACAGAUGGCAAGGGAGUAUGUACUUUUGUCUUGAAACACAUAAAUCCUCCCCAGCUACUGCCUUCUAGCUUCUCCUUCUUGCACAAAUGAAAGUGUUUGUACAGACUUUGUAUAAUAGAUAAACUUGGCUUGUAAUCAUGUGUGGAAAAAAUGCUUUUUCUAAAAGAUGUGUUUUAGUUUAUGUUAAAUGUGUUCCCUUAAACCAUGACUAGCAUUGUAAGGAAAGCUAAGGGCUGCUGUUGUUGCUAAUAUACUUUCAGUUAGGUCUUCUUACCUGGAGCUCCCACCUGGAUAUUCUCUUUUAAAACACAGUGUCAUCUUUGAAAAGUCACAUUUGAGUUAGUGUAGCUUCAAACCAGGAGCAUAGACUUCUCUUGGCUUUCUUGCGUAGUGUAAUAUGAACAUACUUGAUUCUUCUGUAGGGAAAUGUUCAAACAAUACACCCCAACACUAAAUUCUUGGAAAUAAAACAGUCUGGGUUGUUUUCAUGUCAUACUGAUGAUGGACACAGAGGCUAAUAAACCAACUGAAAUGCUUGCGAUCUGUAGAUGACGGUAAUGCUGCAUUAAGUAAGGUGUGGUUGCGGUGACAAUUUUUGGAAGCAACUAAUUUGUAAUAGUAAAGUUUAUUCCAUUCAUUGAAAGCAUGUCCGACUAAUGUUAAAAUUUUUAAUUAUGUGGUUAGUCACCCACCGCUAGGAACACCUAGCGUAUUGAAAAGUAUUGAAAAAUGUUUUGUAGGGGAAAAAAAAACAUUUCAGACUGAUGAAAAGUUGGAAAAGUGCUUUAUUAUUGGGUAACAAGAGUGAGAACGUGAAAUGAAAUGUUAUGUAUGUUGGCAACCACGAGCACGCUCAGCUUCAGUAAUUCUGUUUCAUUAAAUGGUUUCCUUUAUGAUUCAUUAGUGAUGUGAUGUUGAUUUGCCAUGAUGUUUAUGAGCUAUGCCCCGUGUUGAUGUCAUUCUUAAUAUUUUUUUGUUGAACACGCAUAAAAGCUCAACCGGUAAACAGAAAAUGUGCAUGAAAAGUUUUCUCAAACAUCACAUUCUGCCUUGAACUGUUGCUUCCGUAGAAUUCUGUUGAGCGCAUUACACAAAUUGGCUUCACUGUUCUUUUGGCAUUUUAUAUUGGUCUGCCACUUUGCAUUGUCACACCCCAAAAACGCAAGUGUGUCCAGGUAUUGGCUGAUCAAAUCAAGAAUAAGACUAAUUUUUAUUUGCAAAAACAUGUACGUUUGUGUUCAAGUUAUUGUGCAUUGUACAUAGCCAUGUUGUUAUACUACAGUUUUUAUAGUUAUGGAAUUGUAAUCUUGCUUUUUUUUAUGAAAAUGUGGGAAAUAGGGGAUUAAUAUCAGUUAUUUUCAUUUCUUAACUGCCAGACUGGUAUUGAAUGAAUCACACAUAAAUUGAAUAUUGCAGUGAAUAGUGUUCAGUUCACACAUUGUAUCAUAACAGAUGAAGAACUUCUGCAUUUCAGUUGAAAUAAUUUCACUGAAUUUCAUUUUUGAUUUGUUAGCUUUUAAGGCGGGAUCAAAAUAUGUGAUCUGCAGAAACUGUACAAAGCGUUUUUUUUAUUUUUA